UGGGAUCUGCUUAGCUAGAGACUACCGGAUCGUACGCAGACCGACGUUUUAGACAUUGGACUGCUACUCAUUGCCCAUUAUAACCCCCUCCCCGUUGUCCGUAUCAUCGUUGCUUAUAUUGUGCGGACGUGCGCCUCCUUGCGCGCCCCGUCAGCUUUACGCUCACGUUACGUCUUCACGCCUUCCCGUAUCCUCACAUUCAUGUCCAUAUCCCAUCGCAGCGCGGCAGCCUCCUAGAUGCGCUCUAGCGCCUUAAUCAUCCCUCCAUCCUUUCUUCUGCUCAUAAGUAGUCAUACAAGCUCGUUCAUGUAUGUGUAUAUAACGGAUUCAGACUGUUGCCACCCUGUACGCUAUCACUCGACAUUCCUUCAUUGCUUUUGCUAUAUAUUCGCCUCUGGAAACCGGAUGUCCAGUGUACGGCGUACAAUCAGGUCUUUCCCCCAAGCAGAGGAGGCUCAGGCGCCGCUAGAUCUGGACCUCGUUUGGGAGGGUCUUGUACUGUGUCCCUAGUGCGGUAUGCAAUAACAGGGCUCAGCAGGCCG